UGGAAACCCUGCUGCUGUUGCUGAGGCUGAGUGAACAGCACUGUUGGUGGAAAAAGCCCUGUUGCCGAUUUUGCUGAGCAGACUGAAUGCAUAUCGAAAUACUUUGAAGUCGGGGAAUAUCCCCACGUUUUUGGUAAGUGUAGUUAGUUUUUUAAAUGGCACGAUUAUUUAGCGAGCCAAUUGCUACAAUAAACAUCUUUGCUAGCGACCGAGAGCUAGCUAGGGAACGUUACUACCUAGCUAAAAGCUAGCUGACGUACGCGUUAGCUGUGUUCUGAGGGGAAACCAUCGCUUGCUAGCUAGUUAGCUAGCUUGUUUGCUUUUGGAGAGGGGAUCUUAGUUUUUUAGCUACUAGAUAACAACCAGAAGAGCUGAACAAUUGUUCGUUUAGGUGAGCGAUAUGUUUGAUUAGCUAAACAAGAGAGGUUGCUAACUAGCUAGUUAGGUAGUUAAAUCAUUGCACCCAGAGAGUUAACGUAUGCUGCAGCUAACCACUGAUGCAUACUCUCUCCCUGGAAAAUAUUAUAGUCUUGUUAUUCUAAGAGAAAUAAUAACCAUUAGCCUUUGUUUGCCGAAUACUGAUUGGAUUGUUUUUGUAUUAAAACGUUAGCUAUAUCGAAAUGUUAUAGUCAGAUAGAAUAGAACAAUGAAAGUUGAAAAUAUUGUUUCAUGUGAUUGUAAAGGGGUGGGGGACUUGGGGCCAUAACCAGGGCUCUUUCCGUUAUGGACAGCCAAUACAUUUGGUUUGCUUUCAUUGGAUACGUGUCAGUAACUUGCUAACGUUAGCUAGAUUUCAGUUGAAACCCGUGAAAGUAGCUUGGCCAUCAAUUAAAUCUAGCUGCAUCAUGCAAUUUCUCUUUUCCUUUCCAGGUUUGCAUGCCACAUGAUAGGCCUACUUCAAAGCAGAAAGCACUGUCUGAUAUUUAAAACAUAGCUAGCUAUUACAGUAUUAUGAUCAAAUAUAGCUUACUAUUUCCAAUGCAUAUGUUACGAGGCUGUAACUUGAUGGUAGCUUGUGGCUAGCUAUAGGGGUUGUUGGUUUGGCUUGUUCUCUCUCUCUCUCUCCUCUCUCUCUCUCUCUCUCCUCUCUCUCUCUCCUCUCUCUCUCCUCUCUCUCUCUCCUCUCUCUCUCUCUCUCUCUCUCUCUCUCUCUCUCUCUGUCUGUCUGUCUGUCUGUCUGUCUGUCUGUGUGUGUGUCUGUGUGUGUGUGGACUUCUCCUUGCAGUCCUCCCAGCAUCACACCAUUAGCCCCUGGCAACCAGUCCAUAAAGACACAUGCACACUAGACCCUGGCAACCAGUCCAUAAAGACACAUGCACACUAGACCCUGCCAUAGCAACGUCUUGGAUCCCCCUGCCAUAGCAACGUCUUGGAUCCCCCUGCCAUAGCAACGUCUUGGAUCCUUCAAGAGGAAAAAACAGUGAAUGUGCUUCAGGGAAACACAAUGGCUCUUUUGAUGUGAUGCAUAAAAGGCAGCAUUUAGAACUAAACACUUACUGUCAGAUGCUGAUUAAAUGUCAACAGUUGCUUUCUUUCACUUGUAGAAUCUUAAAAGCUUCAAGAGCAACUAUUGCCGCUGUUGAUGAAAUGCAGAACUAAUCAACACCUCUUUUUGGGAAUAGACCUUAACUUAAAUGACGUAAUGUGCACAUAUGCUAUGCAAUAUAUCUUUGCAAGCAUAGGGCUAACGUUAUCUAAACUAUGCUGAAGGAAACGGUAGGAAGAGGCAGUGUAGCCAAACAGUGCGUAAUACAGGAGGUUUAUAAAGAAAAACAAUUCUGCAAGGCCAGUGUUUGUAUUAAGAAUAAUAAUAAUAUGCCAUUUAGCAGACGCUUUUAUCCAACGCGACUUACAGUCGUGCGGGCAUACAUUUUUGUGUAUGGGUGGUCCCGGGGAUCGAACCCACUACCCUGGCGUUACAAGCGCCGUGCUCUACCAGCUGAGCUACAGAGGACCACACUAUUAGGUGUAAUUCAAGAUAACUAAGCCAAAUGAAGAGAUCAGUACACUAACGUUGUCAGCAGGUACCACACAUGUUGUUGAUUACCACUGCAGAAUGACUUAGAAUAUUCUGUUAUGCAAUCCACUGAUUUCUCUCUCUUUCUCACUCUCCCCCCCCCCCCCCUCUUUUCAUCAACAGUUUAGGAUGAGCAUGGAAGAUUAUGACUACCUGUUCAAAAUUGUACUAAUAGGAAAUGCUGGUGUUGGGAAAACCUGCCUAGUCCGCCGCUUCACUCAGGUUAGUAUCAUAAUCAUACAUCAAACCUGCCUAGUCCGCCGCUUCACUCAGGUUAGUAUCGUAAUCAUACAUCAAACCUGCCUGGUCAGACGGUUCACUCAGGUUAGUAUCGUAAUCAUACAUCAAACCUGCCUGGUCAGACGGUUCACUCAGGUUAGUAUCAUAAUCAUACAGUCUCAUCAAUGAGUUGCAACAAAACAAUUAAUUCUAAUUCUGUAAUUUUUCGGCCCAUUUCCCAGGGCCUUUUCCCGCCUGGACAAGGGGCUACCAUAGGAGUUGACUUCAUGAUCAAGACUGUGGAGAUCAAAGGGGAAAAAGUCAAGGUCUGUCAAUCACACUUCAUGUACAAUUACUUUUGUGUACCUAUAAAGCAUGGUUCCCUGACUGGUGGCCCAUGGGCCGAAUUUGACCCGUGGGUGAUUUUAUUUGGUCCCCCGAGUUUUCUGAGACUGUAAAAACACCAGCAACUCAGCUCCAAGUGAUUUUAAUUUUGGAAAAAUGUACCAAAGUAUUCUCAUGCAGAAUAGAGAGAGAUAUAUGUGAUCAUAUACAAAUGUAAGCAAGGUUUGAAAUGAUUAUGUUUUAGUCAAAUAUGAUAUCUGUUUGGGCUUCUUGCGGUCAAUUUACAGUCUACACAGUAUUUGUAGUUAUGUUCCGGCCCCCAGACCAUCCACUCAAGAAAAAAUCAGUCUGCAGCUGAAUCUAGUUGAUAUUCCCUGCUAUAAAGGAUUUAUCAAGCAUCUAUGUAGUGUUAAUAAAGGCUUAAUGAAUGCUAUAUAAACCUUUGUAACUGCCUUAUCAUUAGUUUAAUGCUCUAUAAACCUUUGUAACUGCCUUAUCAUUAGUUUAAUGCUCUAUAAACCUUUGUAACUGCCUUAUCAUUAGUUUAAUGCUCUAUAAACCUUUGUAACUGCCUUAUCAUGAGUUUAAUGCUCUAUAAACCUUUGUAACUGCCUUAUCAUGAGUUUAAUGCUCUAUAAACCUUUGUAACUGCCUUAUCAUUAGUUUAAUGCUCUAUAAACCUUUGUAACUGCCUUAUUAUUAGUUUAAUGCUCUACAAACCUUUGUAACUGCCUUAUCAUUAGUUUAAUGCUCUAUAAACCUUUGUAACUGCCUUAUCAUUAGUUUAAUGCUCUAUAAACCUUUGUAACUGCCUUAUCAUGAGUUUAAUGCUCUAUAAACCUUUGUAACUGCCUUAUCAUUAGUUUAAUGCUCUAUAAACCUUUGUAACUGCCUUAUCAUUAGUUUAAUGCUCUAUAAACCUUUGUAACUGCCUUAUCAUGAGUUUAAUGCUCUAUAAACCAUUGUAACUGCCUUAUCAUUAGUUUAAUGCUCUAUAAACCUUUGUAACUGCCUUAUCAUUAGUUUAAUGCUCUAUAAACCGUUGUAACUGCCUUAUCAUUAGUUUAAUGCUCUAUAAACCUUUGUAACUGCCUUAUCAUUAGUUUAAUGCUCUAUAAACCUUUGUAACUGCCUUAUCAUUAGUUUAAUGCUCUAUAAACCUUUGUAACUGCCUUAUCAUUAGUUUAAUGCUCUAUAAACCUUUGUAACUGCCUUAUCAUUAGUUUAAUGCUCUAUAAACCUUUGUAACUGCCUUAUCACGAGUUUAAUGCUCUAUAAACCUUUGUAACUGCCUUAUCAUUAGUUUAAUGCUCUAUAAACCUUUGUAACUGCCUUAUCACGAGUUUAAUGCUCUAUAAACCUUUGUAACUGCCUUAUCAUUAGUUUAAUGCUCUAUAAACCUUUGUAACUGCCUUAUCAUUAGUUUAAUGCUCUAUAAACCUUUGUAACUGCCUUAUCACGAGUUUAAUGCUCUAUAAACCUUUGUAACUGCCUUAUCACGAGUUUAAUGCUCUAUAAACCUUUGUAACUGCCUUAUCACGAGUUUAAUGCUCUAUAAACCUUUGUAACUGCCUUAUCAUUAGUUUAAUGCUCUAUAAACCUGUGUAACUGCCUUAUCACGAGUUUAAUGCUCUAUAAACCUUUGUAACUGCCUUAUCACGAGUUUAAUGCUCUAUAAACCUUUGUAACUGCCUUAUCAUGAGUUUAAUGCUCUAUAAACCUUUGUAACUGCCUUAUCAUUAGUUUAAUGCUCUAUAAACCUGUGUAACUGCCUUAUUAUUAGUUUAAUGCUCUAUAAACCUUUGUAACUGCCUUAUCACGAGUUUAAUGCUCUAUAAACCUUUGUAACUGCCUUAUCAUUAGUUUAAUGCUCUAUAAACCUGUGUAACUGCCUUAUCACGAGUUUAAUGCUCUAUAAACCUUUGUAACUGCCUUAUCACGAGUUUAAUGCUCUAUAAACCUUUGUAACUGCCUUAUCAUUAGUUUAAUGCUCUAUAAACCUUUGUAACUGCCUUAUCAUGAGUUGAAUGCUCUAUAAACCUUUGUAACUGCCUUAUCAUUAGUUUAAUGCUCUAUAAACCUUUGUAACUGCCUUAUCAUUAGUUUAAUGCUCUAUAAACUGUUGUAACUGCCUUAUCAUUAGUUUAAUGCUCUAUAAACCUUUGUAACUGCCUUAUCAUUAGUUUAAUGCUCUAUAAACCUUUGUAACUGCCUUAUCAUGAGUUUAAUGCUCUAUAAACCUUUGUAACUGCCUUAUCAUUAGUUUAAUGCUCUAUAAACCUUUGUAACUGCCUUAUCAUUAGUUUAAUGCUCUAUAAACCGUUGUAACUGCCUUAUCAUUAGUUUAAUGCUCUAUAAACCUUUGUAACUGCCUUAUCAUUAGUUUAAUGCUCUAUAAACCUUUGUAACUGCCUUAUCAUUAGUUUAAUGCUCUAUAAACCUUUGUAACUGCCUUAUCACGAGUUUAAUGCUCUAUAAACCUUUGUAACUGCCUUAUCAUUAGUUUAAUGCUCUAUAAACCUUUGUAACUGCCUUAUCAUUAGUUUAAUGCUCUAUAAACCUUUGUAACUGCCUUAUCACGAGUUUAAUGCUCUAUAAACCUUUGUAACUGCCUUAUCACGAGUUUAAUGCUCUAUAAACCUUUGUAACUGCCUUAUCAUUAGUUUAAUGCUCUAUAAACCUUUGUAACUGCCUUAUCAUGAGUUUAAUGCUCUAUAAACCUUUGUAACUGCCUUAUCAUGAGUUUAAUGCUCUAUAAACCUUUGUAACUGCCUUAUCAUUAGUUUAAUGCUCUAUAAACCUUUGUAACUGCCUUAUCAUGAGUUUAAUGCUCUAUAAACCUUUGUAACUGCCUUAUCACGAGUUUAAUGCUCUAUAAACCUUUGUAACUGCCUUAUCAUGAGUUUAAUGCUCUAUAAACCUUUGUAACUGCCUUAUCAUGAGUUUAAUGCUCUAUAAACCUUUGUAACUGCCUUAUCAUUAGUUUAAUGCUCUAUAAACCUUUGUAACUGCCUUAUCAUGAGUUUAAUGCUCUAUAAACCUUUGUAACUGCCUUAUCAUGAGUUUAAUGCUCUAUAAACCUUUGUAACUGCCUUAUCAUUAGUUUAAUGCUCUAUAAACUUGUGUAACUGCCUUAUCAUUAGUUUAAUGUGGGACCAGAUUAUUUUAAACACCAUGAGAAUCAAAGAACAAACCUUACCUCAACAUUGACUGUGAUGUGUGGUUGUCUGACCCACCUUUAGUUAAAUGAAUGCACAGACUAAGUCGCUCUGGAUGAGAACGUCUGCGAGGCUUUAAAUGACCAAAAUGUAAAAACAGUGGUAACGUGAUUUGAACACAUAUUUUCCUCCCAGCUGCAGAUCUGGGACACAGCAGGCCAGGAGCGUUUCCGUUCCAUCACCCAGAGUUACUACAGGAGUGCCAACGCCCUCAUCCUCACCUAUGACAUCACAUGUGAGGACUCCUUCCGGUGCCUUCCAGAAUGGCUGAGGGAGAUUGAGCAGUAUGCCAACACCACCGUGGUCACUAUUUUAGUCGGUGAGAUAGCGUUCACAUGCUGUAGUAACGUGCGUCCUGUACGACACCCUAUUGCUUUGAAAUGUUUGACCAGAGCUCAACCUGGACCAAAAGCAGUGCGUCACAUUACAUCACAUUGAUGUCAAUAUCCCUCUGGUUAAAGGUCAAGCCCAUACAAAGCUAUGGUCAUCAGUCCAAGGACCAGCUCAACGUAGUAAUCAAAAGUUAUUCGGUAUUAAAAGUAGAUGGCAUCUCGAAAAUGUGCUAUUGGCUUUAUCAGGGUGGGAUCAGAUGUCCUAAAGGCAUACCUACCGGUAACUAGUUUAUGUGGUUUUAUCAGACAAUGGACAACGAGAUAAUAUUAGAUGCAAUUGUUCCACGGGGUGAGGUUACCAUAUCUCCACUCUAGAAUCUGGGAAGGGAUUUUAUCAAGAGUGAAAAGCUUUAUAGAAAAUGUAUAAAGUAAAAUGUAUGUUGUUAUUGGAUACUUCCCAUCCUAGCUGCUAUUGAGAAUAUUUAGAUUAGAUAACUCCCUUUUGGAACGUUGGUUUGUUUUUUUGCCAGAGCACAGAACUUGUGAAAAGAUCAACAGUAUCGUUGAACGUCAGUGAUGCUCACAGUCACACCGUAACAAUCAGCCUAUGCAUCAGGCCUCUCUAUCUAACAUUCAAUAUUAAAGAUGAAUAUUUCCCUUUUUCCCCCCAGGUAAUAAGAUUGACCUAGCUGAGAAGAGGGAAGUCCUGAGGCAGAGAGCUGAAGAGUUUGCGGAUUCCCAGAGCAUGCUGUACCUGGAGACGUCAGCCAAGGAGUCUGACAACGUGGAGAAGCUCUUUCUGGAUCUGGCCUGCGAGCUGAUCCGCGAAGCCAAACAGAACACGCUGGACAACAAUGACACAGCGAACGCUACGCCCGGAGAGGGAAAGGCCAUCAGCUACCUGGGCUGCUGCGGCACAAACUAGUCCGGACGCCAGAGAGCUGGGGGGGGUCGCGUUCAUUCCUGUUCAUAAAGGACACCAAACACCAACAAGUGGGGUUCUUAUCGGACAGAUUUAGCUCAGUACCUUUCCGGGUUACCCUCUGUUUUGGGACGUUUUUUCUUCCGUUUUAAUGCCUAUUGAACGCGACCCUGAGCUGUAGUGUGACCAGCACACUAGCUGUAAAAUAGAUCUGACACAGUGGAGUAGAGAUGGCAGGAUGCCUCUGUCUGUCUGUGCCAGUCCAGACUCCAUGGUGCCACUGUCAGUCCCGAGUCCCUCCAUGCCUUUUACCCUCAAAACAGAACAAGGAUCUGAUCUGUCCAAUCACCACCUUGUUGUUUUUUUAUCCUCCUGAAGAAUAUAAAUAUGUUCAGAGGAUGCAAUACAAGCUGCUGCCACUAGAUGGGAGUACAGAGCUUUAUCCCUGGUGCAACGGGAUUGAACACACUGUACUGUAGGCCUUGUUGCAAGCUGAUGUGUCAUUGGGAGUUUUCAAAGGAAAUCUUAGGAAGGUUCAAUGAGUUAAAUGUAUUCAUGCACCAUUCAUUUCAUUCAACGGAAAAAAUAUGGUUGUGCCUCCUGUCCUGUGGGUUGGUGGGUAAGAUUAAAAUGAAAAUCCAGGAGAAGUCACUAGUUGCUAGUUACCUGAUUUUAAAGCACUACAAUUAUUUCCUCACAGACAGGAGGACAUGUACAGCCCAUUCAAGUUUUUAAUUUGUCAACAAUGAUCUGAAUGAGAUUGAAUAGUUAAAUGCGUUUGCUGUGUGGGG